GCUUCUGUAAUGACGGAAAGGCAGGUGUGUAGGCCACGAUUCCGUUAGACUUGGCACAUCGCAUAGUUUAAUCUCUAAAUCUGAUUUAGGUGCUUUAACAUCUUCAGCUGCUUCCCUUUGACUGGUGGUGGAAACAAAGCAUAUGGGCCAUCUGGUCAUGAGCCUCACACAACCAACGGGACUCCUGUUGGCAUUAAGACGAUUAGGACUUUCUCUGCACGUUUCCCUAAGCUUUUGCUUGUCCUGCAUCCUGCAACUCUGCGGUUUUCUCACAGGACCUGGGUUGGGCUGGAGGCGGUGGACACUGCUUCACCACACUAUCCCUUGUUUAUUCUCUUGCUCUCCUUCUCUCCCUCUCUCGUAUCUGUGUUGAGCAGAACUGGGGUAAGGGGGGCAGUGAUGUACAGGUCCAAAUCAUUGGAAAAUAAGGAAUUGAUGGCGUUGUGUAGCAGGGGACGAUAUCUCUAUGAUGUCCAAGACAUGGACUGCAACAGUGAGGAUGAGGAAUCGGACUCUGAGUUCUACAAAGGGGAGAUGAGGAACUCCCUGUCCAUGGACAACUGUGUAUACCAGGUGGAGGAAGAGGAGGAGGAGGAGAAGGAAGAGGAGGGCCAAGUCUACUUCUCCAACCAGGAAUACUACUGGAGGUUGGAAGAGCUGAAGAAAACCCACCUGAGAAACAUGGCUGAACUGGAGAAAAUGUACAUAGGGCGGAGCGAGGGGGGACAGCAGAACUACCAGCAUGGCCUGGGCCUUGGAGGUGGAGGAAACAGCCUGACAGAAGAACAGGCCGCUCCAACCAGAAGGCUUCAACGAAUUAACUCUCAGGAGGAGUUGGACUUCCAUGACACCUCCAGUGGCUCAGACCAAUCAGAACUCUCCAAUGUGCAAGAUAGUGUGGGGGAACUUGAAAUGUUCAUGGACUGUUUGGCUGGGAUUCCUAGCCAGGAUACAACCUUUGGCAGAGACAGACUGGUGAAUCCAGAAGCUGGUCGCUUACAAUUCUUCCUUCAGGCCAGCCGCAAUAAUGCGGACCGUCUAAAACCCAAACCAGCAUUGUCCCAGUCAGCGAUGUCCCGGUCAGGGAUGUCCCGGUCAGGUAUGGUGGCCUGGGCCAAGCCCACCUCUAAGCCCACCGUGCCCAAGCCCUUCCGGAUGAUGCUGAGAGAGGAGGAGAGGAAACGUCGCCAGGUGCGAACACGGUCGGAGGUGGAGUUGGAGAACACCCUGUUGCGACGGGAGCUGGAGGAGCUCAGGGAGUGCCGGAAGAAGUUCCGGGCGUCACCCGCUCCCGCUCACACCCACCUGUCCCUCUACGAGGUCAUCGGCCGGGGAGCCACUCAGCGGAGCCGCGCGGAAACCAGCUGCGACCGGGCCAAUCCCGCCACUGGUCUGAUGCAGCCUUUCAGCUUCCUCGAGAGAGAGAGGAGGAAAAAGGAGGCCAGGAUUGUGGCAGAGCUGGGGAACCUGUGCCCCAAGGAGGUGUCAUGCACCUUCAAGGCUAGGCCCCUGCCCUGCUCCGUGUAUGGCAGCUCCAGACAACGAGGGGUGCACAGUCCAGAGGCCAAGACUAAGAGUCCAUCCAAGUCGCCCUUUGCCACUAGCAAAUCCCAGGCAGACAAGGGGAGUUUAGAUGAAAUCCAGCAUGAGGCUGUGCGUGGGCGACUGCCAGAGAGGUCCUGGAUAUCUGGGAGAUGUUCAGUAAACAAGUCUGUGAAGAAGCACAUGGAGGUGUCCAUAGAGAUGGUCAAGGAGAGAGAAUGGUCCCACGUCCAUCCACACCUCGGUGCCAGUUGUGAUGUCCAUACCACACUGGGGCCCGAUGAAGAGAUGCACAUAUUGGCUGACAAGAGUGUUUACUAACGUUUACAUGCAUUCAUUUAACAGACAUAAGCCAAAGUGAUUUAUAUGGCUAUGAAAGAAUAGUACUAUUUUGAGCCAUUAUCGAUGCCUAGUUUAAGACUUUCAUUAAUACAUCUCAGUUAUUAAUAGAUCUCAGUGGAUGCACGACUAAAAAAUCUUUUUCACAAAUCACAAUAUUGUAUUUAUUGAUAUUGAAUAUAUAAAAUUGAGUUGUAAAUACAAUCUUUAUUUGAUUAUUUUGUAUAAUUUCCCAACUUGAAUUGUUUGUUAAUAAAAUCAUUACGGUGGACAAGGCUUAA